UUCCGGGACACGUCACCAAAUGCUUCCGAGACGGCAGGCAGCAGCGACAGCCGGGUAACAGCAAUCUUCGAGUUGGUCCUGUCGGCAACCUGAUGGAGACUUUGUACAGCAUCCCCUUCACUGUGCUCGAAUGCCCCAACGUGAAGCUGAAGAAGCCGUCUUGGCUGCACAUGCCGUCGGCUAUGAGCGUCUAUGCGCUCGUUAUCCUUUCGUACUUUCUCAUCACCGGAGGUAUCAUCUAUGACGUGAUCGUGGAGCCGCCGAGCGUGGGCUCGAUGACGGACGAGCACGGACACCAGCGGCCGGUGGCGUUUCUGGCGUACAGGGUGAACGGCCAGUACAUCAUGGAGGGCCUGGCCUCCAGCUUCCUGUUCACCAUGGGAGGCCUGGGCUUCAUCAUCCUGGACCGCUCCAAUGCACCCAACAUACCCAAGCUCAACCGCUUCCUGUUGCUCUUCAUUGGCUUUGUCAGUGUCGUCCUCAGCUUCUUCAUGGCUCGAGUUUUUAUGCGCAUGAAGUUGCCGGGAUAUCUCAUGGGAUGAAUUCCACUGUGGAUGAUCAUUCAUCUGGACUCAAAGCACUGAUGUUGCCACAGAAAUUAAGCGUGAUAAACAACCAGCAAUGGAAAAGAAGCAAGUGAAUUUUUUUUUUUGUUACCAAGUCUUGAAAUAAAACCGUUUUCAGAA